UGAUUGAGCUCAUUCAUCUCUCUACUGCAAUAUAAGUCGAGGAUAAGAUCAAGGAACGAAAUUAAUGCCAAAUCUUGCAGUGCACUAAAAACAAGACAUGGUGAGUAAGCAAAGAGGGCGAGAGUCAUAAGAUUUGCCUCCAAAAAAUUUUCAUUGCCCCGAAAAAACAUCCAAUCCCGCUUUCAAUUUUGGCAUCAAAAUUUUUUGAACCCCGCCUUUCCCAUUUCCCCGCCCUAUUGGCUUCCUUUCCCCUUCAUCAAUCCCUAAAAUCACACUCGGUUUGCACUCAAAAUCACCCUCCUUUAUUUCUAGGGUUUAAUUACUCUGUUUUCUACUCUUUUUCUCUGUUCGAUUUCUUAGCUCCCAUGGCCAGCGAAACCCUAGAGGAGAAGAAAUCUGAGGGGGAAGCUCCUGUCCAGGAGAAAGAGGAGUCCAAACCCGAAGAAGAAAGGGAGCAACCCAAGGAUACUCAGAUGAGAGAGGACGAAGGGAAUUCGGAAGCUCAGGGAAAUGAAAAUGAAGAGUCGGGAGAUAAACAAGUUGAAGAGAUACAAAAAGAUGAGGUGAAAGUGGAGGUACCUAAAGAGGAGAAGGAAGAGGAUGCACAGGAGGAAGAGCAGGAGCAGGAAGCAGAACGGACAAGGAAACUUAAGCGAGGUGGCCCAAGGCGCUCUGGGAAGAAAGAGAAGAAUCAGACUAAAGAAUCAAUACAGAAGAAAGAGAAAGAGCCUGUGACUCCCAGCAGUGAGAGGCCUACAAGGGAGAGAAAAACUGUAGAAAGGUACUCUGCACCUGAGCCUGGUAGAUCAGGGAGCAAGCCUGUGUCCAUUGAGAAGGGACGUGGGACACAGCUAAAGGAUAUUCCCAAUGUGGCUUUCAAGUUGUCCAAGAGAAAACCUGAUGACAAUCUGCAGAUGCUUCACACAAUACUUUUUGGAAAGAAAGCAAAGGCACACAAUUUGAAGAAAAACAUAGGCCAGUUUUCGGGAUAUGUGUGGGCUGAGAAUGAGGAAAAACAGAAAGCAAAAGUAAGGGAGAAGCUUGACAGGUGUUUUAAAGAAAAGUUGGUUGAUUUUUGUGAUGUGCUCAAUAUUCCAAUAAGUAAGACUGUUGUGAAAAAGGAAGAACUCACUGUAAAAUUAUUGGAGUUCUUGGAAUCACCACAUGCUACUACUGAUGUUUUGCUUGCUGAUAAGGAACAGAAAGGUAAGAAGCGUAAGGUCACAAUGGGCAAAAAUGCAACUCCUGGAGAAGCAUCAGUUACACCAGCUAAGAAACAAAGGCGUACAUCCCAAACUAGAGAAAAACUGAAGCAAUCAUCAAAAGGUGAUGAUGAUGAGGAUGAAGAUAAAGUUGAAUCCCCAGAUGCUAAGGAUGCUAAAAAUGACUCUCAAGAUGAUGACUGUGAUGAAAAUGAGACAAUGCCAAAAGAGGAGAGUGAUCAUGAGGAGAGCAAAUCAGGGGAAGAGGAAGAUGAACCAAAGGAGCAGAUGUCAACUCCAAAGGCAUCCAAAAAAAAUGAGAAGGAAAGUUCAGGGGCUAAAAGCAAGGACAAACUCACACCUGGCAAGAAGAGCACCCAGGCAAAACCAAUAAAAAGUCCUUCAAAAUCUACCAAAAAAUCAUCAAAGCAAGGUGCUGCAGACACUGAUGGAACUUCUUUUUCACAAUCCAAAUCAAAGGGAUCUACAUCAAAGAAACAGAAAGUUGAAAAGGAAAGUCCAACAGAUCGAAGUGCUCCCAGCAAGAACAAGGGCUCAAGCAAGAAACUGUUAGGCAAGUUGCCAUCAAACGCUUCUGCAAAGGACCAAGGUAAAGCCAAAUCUGGCAGGAAGGCUAAGGCAGAACCCAGUAGAGAGGAUAUGCAUGCGGUUGUAGUAGAUAUUCUGAAGGAAGUAGAUUUCAAUACUGCAACUUUAUCAGAUAUUCUCAGACAACUUGGUACCCACUUUAAUGUAGAUCUUAUGCAUAGAAAAGCAGAAGUAAAAGAUAUUAUUACGGAGGUGAUAAACAAUAUGUCUGAUGAGGAAGAAGGGGAGGAAGCUGAGGACAAUGCUGAGGCUGGUGAUGAUGUGGACAAGGAUGGAGAUGGGGAUGAUGAUGAUGCUUAGUCUUUUUCAGUGUGAUGAUUAACUUGAUCAUUGAAGAACAGAAGGUAUGCCACUCCAGGGAGCCAUCUCCAUGGAGGGGUUUUCAACAGUUGUAGUUGAUGACAAACCAAUCACUGCAAAUAUGGAACGAAUGACUAUUUCCUUAUGAAAGUACACCACAGGUUUUGUACCAUAUGCAUUAGGAACUCUUUUCUUUGUACAAGUAGUGUUGAGCUGACCUUACUUUUUAGUAGUUUCUGUCCCAGGUCUGUUUUCCUCUCAAAAUCCCUUCAUCUUCUCAUUAAAUUUGUCUUUAAGAUGUAUUUAUUGACUGUUCCUCUACAAAUGAGCAGUGAAUGAUUAUCUUUAUUUAAUUGAAUGGCAACUCUAAUGUUGAUUUGCUAGAA